ACCAUUUUCAGCAAAAAGCUUCAGGAUCUUCAGUGACUAUUUUCAGAAAAAAAAAAAAAAAAUCACACUAGCAUUAUUGCAGGUAAUGCAACUUUUCUAGUUAGUUAUUGCUUCCUGAGGAUUCAGAUCACAAGAUGCGGUUCCUUCAACUGUUUUCUGAGCUUUUGUUUAUUUUUUUAUUUUUUUAUAAAGCCAUGACUGUGCAAACGCCGAGCUGCUGUUGCAGGAUGAUAUGAAAAAUGAGGGUUCAGAAGUUAAUUUGCAUAAUUGUUGUUUAAUUGCAGAAGCCGGUGGAGAUAAGGCGCCAGCAGCCCCUGCUGACAAGAAAGAUGAAGCACCAGGAGAAAACCCAGAGGCGACCGGUCUGUUCGUGCUGAGGCCAGAAAGUGUCACCGCCACCAAAGGGAAGGACAUCACGUUUGUGGCCAAAGUGGACUCCUCCAGCCUGACCAGGAAGCCGGCCAUGAAGUGGCUGAAGGGGAAGUGGUUGGACCUGAUCAGCAAAGCUGGGAAACACCUGCAGUUCAAGGAGACUUAUGACAGGAACACCAAGAUCUACACUUACGAGAUGAGCAUCAUCAAAGUGGUGGAUGGAGACGCAGGUGGCUACCGCUGCGAGGUCACCUCCAAAGACAAGUGCGACAGCUGCGCAUUCGAAGUCUCCGUGCAGGCUGCACAAGAGGAUCAGCAGGACAACAUCUUGGAGGCUUUUAAGCGAUCUGGGGAUGCAGGGGAGGACGCCGGUGAGCUGGACUUCAGCGCCCUGCUGAAGAAAAGAAAGGAGAAGAAACCCGAAGGGCCGAAGGAGGAAGUGGAUGUGUGGGAGAUUCUGAAGGCCGCCAAGCCCUGCGACUACGAGAAGAUCGCCUUUCAGUACGGCAUCACGGACCUGAGGGGCAUGCUGAAGAUGCUGAAGAAGAUGAAGGGGGAACCCAAGAAGAGCGAUGUUUUCCUGUCAAAGUUGGAUCCGGCCUACUCUGUGGACCACGGAAGGAAGAUCCAGCUCACAGUGGAACUGGCUGAUCCCAACGCUCCCAUCAAGUGGCUGAAAAACGGACAGGAAAUCAAACCGUCAGCCAAGUAUGUGUUUGAGAACGUGGGCAACAAGCGGACGCUCACUAUCAACAAGUGCAACCUGUCGGAUGACGCGGCUUACGAGUGCGUGGUUGGGGAGGAGAAGAGCUCCACCGAGGUUUUUGUCAAAGAGCCUCCGGUCACCAUCACCAAGCUGCUGGACGACGUUCAUACCGUGGAGGGCGAGAAGGUGGUGUUUGAGGUGGAGGUCUCAGAGGAAGGAGCCAGCGUCAAAUGGAUGAAAGAUGGAGAUGAGCUGAACAGAGACACGGCGGGUUCAAAGUAUCGCUUCAAAAAAGAUGGGAAAAAGCACAUUUUGAUCAUAAAUGAGGCAACUAGAGAGGAUAUUGGAACGUAUUACGCCUUUACCAGCGGCGGAGAGUCAAAGGCAGAGCUGGAAGUUGAAGAAAAAGAGCUGGAGGUUCUUCAGAGCAUCGCUGACCUGACACUGAAGGCAGCAGAGCAGGCCGUGUUCAAGUGUGAGGUCUCUGAUGAAAAGGUGACGGGGAAAUGGUUCAAGGACGGCGUGGAAGUCGAAGCCAGUGAUCGCAUCAAAAUAUCCCACAUUGGAAGGACCCACAAGCUGACGAUUGAUGAAGUGAAGCCCUCAGAUGCUGGAGAUUAUACCUUUGUCCCAGAUGGCUAUGCACUCUCCCUGUCGGCAAAACUCAAUUUCUUGGAGAUCAAGAUUGAUUAUGUUCCCAGACAAGACCCUCCUAAAAUCCACCUGGACACCAGCGGCUCCGGUAACAAGAACGUCAUCACAGUGGUGGCUGGGAACAAGCUCCGCUUUGACGUCGAGGUCACCGGAGAGCCGGCCCCCACCGUGUGCUGGAGUAAAGGAGAACAGGUGGUGUGUGAAGCUGAGGGACGGGUGCGUGUGGAGACCAGGGAGACCCUCAGCAGCUUUGUGAUCGAGGGGGCAGAGAGGGCCGACGAAGGCCUCUACACAAUCACCGUCGCUAACCCUGCCGGAGAAGACAAAGCUGAAAUCUUUGUCCGGAUUGUGGAUGUGCCCAACCCCCCCGAGAACGUCAAAUGCACAUCAGUUGGCGAGGACUCUGCCACAGUCACAUGGGACCCUCCUUCAUUCGAUGGCGGAGUUCCCAUUAAAGGGUAUCUGAUGGAGAGGAAGAAGGCGCCCUCGGGCAGAUGGACCAAGCUUAACUUUGACGCGUACGAGGCCACCACAUACGAGGCAAAGAGGAUGAUUGAAGGUGUCCUCUAUGAGAUGAGGGUGUUUGCAGUCAACGGCAUUGGCAUCUCUCAGCCCAGUGCCAGCUCCCAGCCCUUCAUGCCAAUCGCCCCCACCGGAGAGCCCACUCAUCUUCUGGUGGAUGAUGUGACAGACACCACCUGCGCGCUCAAGUGGCGCCCUCCGGAGAAAAUUGGAGCUGGUGGCAUUGAUGGGUACAUCAUCGAGUACUGCAUAGAAGGAAGUGACCAGUGGGUGCAAGCUAAUGAGGAACUAGUAACAAAGAACCAGUACCGAGUCAAAGGCCUCCCGGUCGGAGAGAAGAUGCUGUUCCGAGUGGUGGCUGUCAACGUGGCUGGACGCAGCCCCCCCGCCACCCUCUUCCAGGCUGUCACCAUCAGAGAGAUCAUGGAAAAUCCAAAGAUCCGCCUGCCUCGCAGUCUGAGAGCCAAGAUGAUCACCCUGGUGGGCGAGAAGGUGAACCUGGUCAUCCCCUUCCAGGGGAAGCCUCGCCCCGUGGUGACCUGGUUCAAAGACGAUGUUCUCCUGGAGGACAAAAGCAUCGGGAUUCGCACAAGUGAGGUGGACACCAUCCUCUUCAUCCGUUCUGCGGCGAGAAGCCACUCUGGAAAGUACACUCUGUCUGUUCAGAUCGAGAACGUGUCUGACAGCGCCGACAUCUACAUCCAGGUCGUAGAGAAGCCCGGCCCCCCCAUCAGCGUGGUGGUCACAGACGUGUGGGGGUUCAAUGCUGCACUGGAGUGGAAGCCGCCCAAAGACGACGGCAACUGUGAGAUUCUCGGCUACACCGUUCAGAAAUCGGACAAGAAGACAGAGGUGAGCACGAAGGACCAUCAGGACUGGUUCACCAUCUACGAGCACAACCGCAGGCCCAACUGCACCGUGUCCGACCUGGUCAUGGGGAACGAGUACUCCUUCCGAGUGUUCAGCGAGAACAUCUGCGGCCUCAGUGAAGUUCCUGGCAUUAGCAAGAAUACCGCUGUGAUUACCAAAACAGGUCUCCUUCAUAAGACUACACCCUUCCAGGAGAAGGACCUGAGUAGCUCCCCCAAAUUCACAGCUCCCCUGUUGGACAGGAGUGUGAUUGCGGGCUACACCGCCGCCAUCAGCUGUGCCGUCCGCGGCAAUCCAAAGCCAAAGAUCAUCUGGAUGAAGAACAACAUGAUUAUUGAAGGUGACCCCAAGUUCCUGAUGCAGAACAACCAGGGCGUGUUGACUCUGAACAUCCGCAAGCCGGGCCUGUUUGACGGGGGCAGAUACUCCUGCAAGGCCGUCAAUGCAUUUGGAGAAGACUCGGUGGAAUGCAAGCUGGAGGUUCGAGCUCUACAAGACCAGGCGAAGAAAUAAGUGGCAGCAAGAAACAGCAGAGGAUACAGUUGAACAGGAAUAGUAAUGGAUUAUGCAUAAUGGGAGAGUCAUGAAUAAAUAUGAUUAGAAGAGACCCUCUCACUCCACAUAUCACACGGGCUUUCCUUUCACUGCCGCUAUGACGAAUGCCAGACCGAGAAUAUGCCAUAAAUUCGUUUUUGUCACUGACAGACACCAUGCCCCCCCACCCCCACCCCCGCUGUGACCACAGAUGGCUUCUUCUUAUCUGUGAGCUGGACCUGUCACUGAACACACUUAUAAAACAGCCUCUCAUCCAUUA